AUGAGUAUCCUUAAAAUAAAAGCUUACAACGCUUUCCAGCGCUGGAGAGCUACUGGAGCAACCAUGGCACUAUACUCGCACUCCAAUGAGAAGGUUCUAGCUGCCACAUUGGGUCCUACACGACGUGGAGGAAACCUCAUUGAAAAACCUACUGUUUUGACAACUGGCCAUAACAGAGCCCUGAUCUGA